CCGCUGGUAUAAAUAGGAGCAGCAGAGAGACUGAAGGCAGCUUCAGACGGUCUGGAGUCUCAGGAAACAAACAGAGGUUUUUUUUUCUCAUCAUUGCCUGCUGGCCCUGUGAGAGUCAGAGAGGAUGUUAAUGAUGAUGAUGAUGAUGAAGAAGAAGGGGUCAAAGUCUUUGGCUGUGGUGGCUCUUUUUCUGGCCUCAGUCAACUGCAUCGUUCCUCCAUCCAAAGAGGAUCUUACCGAGAUCUCCCUUCAGGGAGUAAAGUAUCUGGAUAAACAGAUUGAAAAUGCUGUUAACGGAGUGAAGGAGAUGAAGAGUGUGAUGCAGAAAUCUUCAGAGGACCACAAGAAGUUUUUGGAUGCUCUGGAGAAGACCAAGGAGCAGAAAGAGGAAGCGAUGCGUACGGCUCAGGAGAUGGAGGCCAAGCUGGAGCAAGAGGAGGAGGUCUGCAACGAGACCAUGAAGACUCUGUGGGAGGAGUGUAAGCCGUGUCUGAAGAACACCUGCGUUAAAUACUACUCCCGAACAUGCAGCAGUGGAUCUGGACUGGUGGGACGCCAGCUGGAGGAUGUGCUGAACAGAACAUCCCCCUUCUCCAUAUGGAUCAACGGGGAGAAAAUAGAAACCCUGGAGCAGGAGGGACAACGACAGAGCAAAGAAUUCAAGAACCUGGAGGAAAGAUACACAGAGAUGGCCGAUGGUGUGGACAGCAUAUUUUCAGACAGCAUGAAGGUGGCUGAUCAUGUGCACUACAGCCCUCCUGUGUUCUUCCUCCCCAAUUUCCUGGGACCGUACACUCGCCGGAGCAGAAGCAUUCGCUCUCUAUUCCGGGAUCCUUUCCACAGCUUCCAGAAUUUGUUCUCUCCCAUGACGGAUGUGACCAGGAACUUCUUCAGCUCAAUGGGCUCCAUGAUGGACGACACAGACACAGCUCCUAAUGAGGACGGCAGCGUCAACGAGGACGUGGUCAUCACCAAACCUUUUGGCAACGGCAGGAUGACCUGCAGGGAGAUUCGCCGCAACUCAGCCGGCUGCCUCAAGUUCCGUGACGAGUGUCAGAAAUGCAGAGAGAUCCAGCACAUUGACUGCUCCGGGAAGAAACCUCUGGAGGGCCCGCUGAAGGAAGAGCUGGAGGAGGCGUUGGCCAUGGUUGAGCGAUUUACUCAGCAGUACAACAGCCUCCUGAAGAGGUUUGAGGAUAAGAUGUUAAACACCUCCUUCAUCCUGGACCUGCUCAACAGUCAGUUCGGCUGGGUGUCUUCUCUGGCAAACCAAACCAAUGCCAAUGACAACAUCUUCCAGGUUCAGACGGUGAUCUGCAGGGACACUGAAGAGAAGUCAGCUGGAGAGGAGAAGCAGCCUGAAGAAACCAAUGUGUCUGUGCAGCUCUUCGACUCUCCACCGAUGAACCUCACUGUGCCGGGUGACAUCCCCUGGACCGACCCUAAAUUCUCUGAGGUGGUGGCCCAGGAGGCACUGGACCGCUACAAAGAAAUCAGUGUUAUGGUGAAAUAAAGUCCCUGUUGGAGUUGCGUCCCAACCUGCUGACUAGAGAAUGUUCUGGAUUCAUUGAACCGCACCUGAAACCCAGACGAUAAACACACCUGGAAACACCCCUGAAGCCAACCCUCUGAUUCUGUUGUAAAUCUAAAUUAAUUCCUGCUUUUGCAAACGACAGUUUAACCUCAGAGAUUUAUAUUGUAACAUUAGAGCUCUUUUUCCUGCUGUAAGAGAAGAUAUUCAGUAGAUGUAGAUAACAGGCCUACUCGUGUCUGUAGCACCUCCAGGUCUUAAUACUAUAUGUGAGCUGGGCUUUGCAAAAUAUGCUUAAGCCAAACUUGAUGUAAUUUACUCUGAUAUGGUUUAUUAUCUGCAUUCAGUGGUCCUAACACACACAACGAUUAAACAAAUGUUUCUUCCAUAACAGUUCAAUAAAACAAAGCUUUUAUUUGUUGCAGAGAUUUGUAGGAAACUAAAGUUUUGAUGAAGUUUAUUCAGGCUGUUUCAGUGGCUUUAAUGACCUGAAGUACCCUUCUACAGAUCUCUGAUCGCUUUCAUCUGAGUUGGUUGAAGUGGUUGAUUUGCUGCAGUUGGUUGCACUGAUUGGAGUGAUUAAAGUUUGGAAAGUUAAAAUACUAUAGGAGUUGAUUAUGUUCAGGAUUUUUUUGACACCCUCUGUACAACAGCCUAGCCAUGGAGCAAUACAUAAAGAUCUAAUAAAACCUGCUCAAAUCCA